UUUAAGGGUUAAUGGUGCUGCCAGCUAUCGGGGUGAAAGUUCAGCUCUCCUGUAUGGUGGAGUCUCGUAUACUGUACGACAUCAUAGCAACACUUUAAUGGCGUUUUUAAUAUAAAACAGAGUUCAAAAUCCACCGAAAAACCAAAGGUUUCCUUCUUCUUCAGCUCAGGAUGCACUCGGACCUUUCACCACAUUUACACACGGAUGAGUGCAACGAAAUGAUUUCGCUGUUAAAAAAGUGUCACAAAGAGCACAAUGUCCUGCGCUUCUUUGGAACGUGUAACGAUGUGGAUCGAUCCAUGAGGGAGUGUCUUAGGAAAGAGUAUCAGGCAAAGCGAGAGCGCAGCAAAGCUCACGCUGAGGAGAUGAGACAGCGGCUCAAGGAAGGACCUAAAGCUCACCCCUGAGGUGGAAAUCUAGAAAAUAGAAAUUGUAAAAUAUAUUUCAGGACUUUUUUUUUUUUUUUUUUUGGACAUUGGACGUCUUUGUCUCUAUAAUAACAGAUUUUAGUAAUGAUGAUUAUUACUGUUGUGCAGCUAGAAGAAUUAACUCACAGUUACAAAGCUCAAAUUCCUGUUUAUUCUCUGCUCAGUAUGGGGUGCGAAUACUUUUGGAAAGCAUUUAUAUAGGAUUAAAUAGAUCAUCUGUGUUCACUCUGAUGGUUAAAGUGCAACAUUAAUCAAUCAUUUGGACAAAGAGGAUUAAAGAAAUACUACAAACUA